AGGAGGCGGGGCCAAAUCGUGCAAAGUCCAGGAAGGUUUCUUCCAGCAGGAUAGAUAUUAAACGUUUUGCACUGUGUUAUCUGUCCAUAUCGUUUUUUACCAGUUGCCCGUCGAGAUGGCUGAGAACAGAGAUAAAACCACGGAUCAAAUGAAGCUGUGGAAGGAGAAUAGGGGUGCUCAGAGGCCAGAUACACUGACCACAGGGGCCGGGGUUCCCAUCGGAGACAAGCUCAAUGAGCAGACGGCAGGUCCCAGAGGCCCCCUGCUGGUCCAAGAUGUGGUCUUCACCGACGAGAUGGCUCACUUUGACCGGGAACGAAUCCCCGAGAGAGUGGUGCAUGCCAAAGGAGCAGGGGCGUUUGGCUACUUUGAGGUGACGCAUGACAUCACUCGCUUCUGCAAGGCCAAGGUGUUUGAGCAUGUCGGCAAAACCACACCUAUCGCCAUCCGCUUCUCCACUGUGGCUGGGGAGUCAGGCUCUGCAGACACAGUGCGUGACCCCCGAGGCUUCGCAGUCAAAUUUUACACUGAGGAGGGUAACUGGGACCUGACGGGCAACAACACCCCCAUCUUCUUUAUCAGGGAUGCCCUGCUGUUCCCUUCCUUCAUCCACUCCCAGAAGCGUAACCCCCAAACCCACAUGAAAGACCCCGACAUGGUGUGGGACUUCUGGAGCCUGAGGCCCGAGAGUUUGCAUCAGGUAUCCUUUCUGUUCAGCGAUCGAGGAUUGCCUGAUGGCCACCGUCACAUGAAUGGCUACGGCUCUCACACCUUCAAAAUGGUCAAUGCUGAGGGCCAAGCUGUUUACUGCAAAUUCCACUAUAAGACCGAUCAAGGAAUUAAGAAUCUGACGGUGGAGGAGGCAGAUCGCCUGGCAUCCUCCAACCCAGACUACGCCAUUGCAGAUCUCUUCAACGCCAUCGCCAAUGGCAACUUCCCCUCCUGGACAUUCUAUAUCCAGGUCAUGACCUUUGAACAAGCCGAGAAGUUCCGGUUCAACCCCUUCGAUCUCACAAAGGUUUGGUCGCACAAAGAAUACCCGUUGAUCCCAGUUGGGAAGUUGGUGUUGAACAGAAACCCAGUCAACUACUUUGCAGAGGUGGAGCAGAUAGCCUUUGACCCCAGCAACAUGCCACCAGGUAUCGAGCCAAGCCCGGACAAGAUGCUGCAGGGUCGUCUGUUCUCCUACCCAGACACCCACCGACACCGGCUGGGAGCUAACUACCUGCAGAUUCCUGUGAACUGUCCGUUCAGGGCACGCGUGGCCAACUACCAGCGCGAUGGGCCGAUGUGCAUGACCGACAACCAGGGUGGCGCUCCAAAUUACUAUCCCAACAGCUUCAGUGCCCCAGAUGUCCAGUCCUGCUUCAAGGAGUCCAAAUUCAAGGUCUCCCCAGAUGUGGCCCGUUACAACAGCGCAGAUGAGGAUAAUGUCACGCAGGUGCGUACCUUCUUCACUGAGGUGCUGAAUGAAGAGGAGAGGCAGAGACUUUGCCAAAACAUGGCGGGCGCCCUGAAGGGAGCCCAGCUCUUUAUCCAGAAGCGCAUGGUCCAGAACCUUAUGGCUGUCCAUCCUGACUAUGGAAACAGAGUCCAGGCCCUCCUGAACAAGUACAAUGCCGAGGCCCAGAAGAACAUAAAUGUCCAUGUUUAUAGCCGUCCAGGGGUCUCUGCUGUUGCUGCCUCCAAGAUGUGAUGCCUUACUUUCCACAAGGGGCCCCCAUAUACCUGCAAGCGAUUGCACUUAAUUGCCAACUGCUACCACUCAGUAAAAUGGAUUGCACUUGCUUGCCAUCUGCUACUAUCAGUAACAAGAAUGUAUUACUAACUGUCCUUGAGUUGGGGUUGUUUCAUUUCUGUUCAGUCAGUGAUCGUAACCAAUAAUUUCUCAGACUCUGGGUGUACUACUGCACUGAGUUGAUGUUACAGAAUGUUAUGAUUAAGCUCAUUUAUUCAGUUUAAAAUUCAGACAAGAGAAUAUCAGUCAGACUAAAGCCCUGUGAGGCGAAUCUUAAUUCUGUUCGAAAGAGCAUUUGCAGAAUUUAAUUUGCAAAAUGUCAGUCAUGCCUGCUUGAUAUUUUUACCCUUUUCAUUCCCAGCACUGUAUUCACUAGUAUUAAACCUUAAGCUUGUUGUGAGGAUUAAACCUGCAACACAAAAGUGAGCAAAGCCAGUAAGUCCCAUGUCAAUACUUUUCAAACUGGACGGUAACAGAUUUGACUAGUUUUCUUUAUGCAAAGUUAAACCACUUAGAAUUCGAAUGAACUGAAAUAAGACUGCAAUUAGUCAUCUAAAACAGGGUAUUUCAUCUUGUUAAACUGUUUUUUAAAAACACAGCUAGGAACCAUUUUCUACAGAAUUACUGUGUAAGCUGUUAGCCCUGUGCUCCUAUUAUCAGAUAUGCAUUAAUAUGAUGAUUGAAGGUUGAUCUUAACACAGCUUAAGACAUUAUGCAGUGCCUUUUUACAUUUGCAUUAAAACUGCUAGAUGCAGGUUAUCUGUAGCUGGUUAAGUAGCCUUUAAUUGCUCUGAUUUAACCAUAUUUGACAAAAUUCCUUGUAAAAUAACCGAAGCAUUGAUUUUGGUGUUGAUUUGUGUGUAGAGAGAGACUGUGUGCAUCACAAUGUAUCAGUGUGAUUAUUAGCUUUAUGGUCAGAGAUGCAAAUUGGUGGUAAAUGUUUUGUGUAACUGAAAUAGUAUGUAAAUUUAACAGGAAGGUCCCUCUCAUGUGCUUUUGUUGGCUUUGCUUGGGACAGCACUAAAAGUGAAAGUGUGGACAAGCAGUGACAUGUUAGAAUGUAUCUAACAGUUAAUCAAAUCAAAACCCAUGACACCACAUUGCUUUAAUGUAAGAGGAGAAAAAUUAUCUUUAAGUUUAACUUGUUAAUUAUAUUUUUUCGUAUUACCUGCAACUGAUGUGUCUGAUUAAAUUUGCGAAUCUCUGUCAAACGAGAUGUACAUUUAAUGCCUGUAUAGCAGUUAAUUUUUUAUAAUCAAAGCUUAUUAGCAAUUAGCACUUCUCAUCAUUUUUCUGCUGCUUUAUGUGUAUUCCAACUGUUUUAAAAGCAGGUUUGUAUCCUCCUGGAUGAUGUGUUCAAAUUAAAAUGAAUUUUAACUGAA